AUGGAAAACCUUCACACACUCAACCUAAGCUUUGUUAAAGGCAUAACAAAUAGCUAUCUCACCAAAUUGUUAUCACCAUUUUUUAAUUGUAUACGUACCUUGAAUCUUGCCGGUGGUUCACGUUCAGACACUUGCCUCUCAUCUAUCAUUCCACAUUGUCAUCAAAUCCAACAUCUUUCGCUUGCAUGGAAUACAUCACUUUCGGACGCAUCAAUUAACAAAAUAGCAAGUGUGUGUGGCGAUAGGCUACGUACACUUGAUUUGACAAAUUGUGAAAAGGUUAGCGAUAAAUCAAUGUCAUCAAUUGCAAAAUAUUGUAUAAAAUUGCGGGAAUUGAGAGUUAGCUAUUGUCGUGGGGUUAGUGAAAUUGGCGUUAAAUCUGUAAUCGAAGGUUGUGAAGGAUUGAAAUUAUUAGAUCUUGUUGGUUGUUUGGGAGUAGAUAGAUGUUUCUUGUUGAAAUGUAAUGAAGAAUUUGAAUUGGGGAGACUUGAUUUAAGAGUUAUUUACAGAAGGGCAGCUGAAGGUGCGCCUUCGUGGGUUGAAGAAAACUAA